AUGAAUGGAAGCAACAACAGCUUCGGCUUCUACAAUAAAAGCAACAACAGCUUCGGCUUCUACAAUAAAAGCAACAACAGCUUCGGCUUCUACAAUAAAAGCAACAAACAGCUUCGGCUUCUACAAUAUAAGCAACAGCAGCUUCGCUUCUACAAUAAAAGCAACAACAGCUUCGGCUUCUACAAUAUAAGCAACAUCAGCUUCGGCUUCUACAAUAAAAGCAACAACAGCUUCGGCUUCUACAAUAAAAGCAACAACAGCUUCGGCUUCUACAAUAUAAGCAACAGCAGCUUCGGCUUCUACAAUAAAAGCAACAACAGCUUCGGCUUCUACAAUAUAAGCAACAACAGCUUCGGCUUCUACAAUAUAAGCAACAACAGCUUCGGCUUCUACAAUAUAAGCAACAACAGCUUCGGCUUCUACAAUAUAAGCAACAACAGCUUCGGCUUCUACAAUAUAAGCAACAACAGCACCAAAAUCAUUAUCCUCAACAACAUCAACUACAAGAACAAUCAGUGA